GGGGGGGUUACGUAGUGACGUUAAUUCUAUAUGAGCGCGAGCGGCGGGAGCUUGGGUCUUUUUACCGCCGGCUGCGCAACGGUUCUUCCUCAGUCCUGAGUCACUGCGAGACGCGGCCUCGCGCAGAGGUUUGCUGAGGUCUGGAAAAAUGGCAGAGAUUGACAACAAAGAACAGGCCGAGUUUGACCAGCAAGAUAUGGAAGAUGUUGAAGAUGUAGAAGAAGAAGAAUCUGGUGAGGAUGCUAAUAGUAAAGCACGCCAACUGACUGUACAAAUGAUGCAGAAUCCUCAGAUUCUUGCAGCCCUCCAAGAAAGGCUUGAUGGCCUGGUUGGAACACCUACAGGAUAUAUAGAAAGCUUACCUAAAGUAGUUAAGAGACGAGUAAAUGCACUCAAGAAUCUUCAAGUUAAAUGUGCGCAGAUAGAAGCAAAGUUCUACGAAGAAGUUCAUGAAUUGGAAAGAAAAUAUGCUACUCUUUAUCAACCCUUAUUUGACAAGAGGAGUGAAAUCAUCAAUGCUGUUUAUGAACCUACUGAAGAAGAAUGUGAGUGGAAAACAGAUGUUGAAGAAGAAAUUUCAGAGGAAAUGAAAGAGAAGGCCAAGCUUGAAGAAGAGAAAAAAGAUCAAGAAAAAGAUGAUCCUAAAGGAAUUCCUGAAUUUUGGCUGACAGUAUUCAAGAAUGUUGAUUUACUCAGUGAUAUGGUUCAGGAACAUGAUGAACCUAUCCUGAAACACUUAAAAGAUAUUAAAGUGAAGUUUUCAGAAGCUGGAGAACCUAUGACUUUUACUUUAGAAUUCCACUUUGAAACUAAUGAAUAUUUCACAAAUGAAGUAGUAACAAAAACAUACAGAAUGAGGUCAGAACCUGAUGAUUCUGAUCCUUUCUCCUUCGAUGGACCAGAAAUUAUGGGUUGCACAGGGUGCCAAAUAGACUGGAAAAAGGGGAAGAAUGUUACUUUGAAAACUAUAAAAAAGAAACAAAAGCACAAGGGGCGUGGAACAGUUAGAACAGUGACAAAAACAGUUUCCAAUGAUUCCUUCUUCAACUUUUUCAGUCCUCCUGAAGUUCCUGAAAGUGGAGAUUUGGAUGAUGAUGCUGAAGCAAUUCUUGCAGCUGAUUUUGAAAUUGGCCAUUUUCUACGGGAGCGCAUAGUUCCACGAUCAGUAUUGUAUUUUACAGGAGAAGCCAUUGAAGAUGAUGAUGAUGAUUAUGAUGAAGAAGGUGAGGAAGCUGAUGAUGAGGAAGGAGAGGAAGAAGCAGAUGAAGAAAAUGAUCCAGAUUAUGACCCCAAGAAGGAUCAAAACCCAGCAGAAUGCAAGCAGCAGUGAAACAGUGUGUCUGUGGCCUUGAGGAUUAUCUGCACUGUAAUAGCCUAAAUACAACUAUUAGUUACUUACAGCCUUAUGUUUUGUAUCUUGGUAGAAUUAAGUAAACAUUUUGUUAAAACAAACUGACAGAACCAGUUUAAAAUGUAGGUUCCUUGUACCUAGCAUUUUAAUAGUACUUUUCUGCCAAUAUGUAGAAUGCAGUAAAUCCUAAAGCAUGAAUAGUUAAUUCAUUGCUAUAUAUAGUUUGGUUCUAGUGAAGUCUGUUGUCAUGUAGAUAUUAGACUGCAGCUGUGAAGAUACCAGAACUCUUGACAGAGACCACUAUUUGUUUAGAAAAGAUCCUUUCCCAGAGAACCAACCAAAGUAUUUUUUGGCCCAGUAGUUUAAAUGGGUUUAAGUCUGCUUGCACUGGCUGUGCCUUCAUUACUUCGUUAUAGAGAUAGCAGUGACUCGUACUAAUUAGGAAAUGAUAUACAUUUUCAAAUUUCACAAGUUCCAUAUAAACUGUUAAUUUCCAUCAAGACCACAUUAAUUGUCUGCUUGUUUAUGCUCUAGGUUUUUGUAUUUUGUGAUGGUGACCUACAGAAAAUCUCUAGAAACAUCAUAUUAAGGUUGUUUAUCACUGGGAUGUGAAUAAACCUAGUAUUUUCAGAAA